GAGGCUCGUAUGUGUAUUUUGGGCUUGAAAAUCAGUUAAAAAAAAGAGCUUCUGCUGGUUUAUGUUCAAAUUACUAUCCUCUGAUGCAAAGAAAACUGUCACAAUUUGGAAGUACUUUUUACAUAACUAUAACUCUUAAUGUUGAUGGUUUACCAGUGCAUUCCAGUAGCAGCAAUUCAUUUUGGCCUAUUUUAAGCAUUUUAGAUCAGUCCAUUGAUAAAGAACCAAUUAUUGUAGGAAUUUAUUAUGGCUCUUCAAAACCUAACGAUGCCAAUGAUUAUCUUAGACCUUUUGUCGAUGAAUGUCUCCAUUUAGAAAAGCAUGGGUUGGUUGUUAAUGGACAACAUUAUAACUUCCGAGUGAGUUGCAUAAUAGCAGAUGCACCAGCGCGAUCUUUUUUGAAAAGUAUUAAGUCAUUCAAUUCACUGUAUGGGUGUGAGAAAUGCGAGCAAGAAGGUACAUAUCUGGGGAGGACUGUUUGGUUAUACACAUCAGAUAUGCGCCUUAGAACUGAUGCUGGAUUUUCAAAUCAAUUGUAUGGCGACGAGCACCAGCAAUCAAAAAGUAUACUAUCUGAACUUGAUGUAGGGUUAAUAACCCAAGUACCUUUAGAUUACAUGCACUUGGUGUGUCUGGGGGUUGUAAAAAAACUGAUAAGGUGUUGGUUAGAAAAUGGACCAAAAAAAUGCAGAAUGCCUGCUUCGAAAAUAGGCGAAAUAACUGAAUUUUCCAGACGUCCUAGACCUAUCAAUAUGUUCAAAUAUUGGAAAGCUACGGAGUUCAGAGCUUUCAUUUUGUAUUUAGGCCCUGUUGUUUUACGUGGUGUGUUAAGCAAAACACUGUACGCGCAUUUUCUUUUAUUGCACUGUGCAAUUUACAUAUUAUGCACUGCAAAUAUUUGUAAACAUGAUGAAUGGCGACAGUACGCCGGCGACUUGCUACAUUGUUUUGUUCUAUACAUGUCAGAUUUGUACAGCAACGAAUUUCUUGUAUAUAACGUCCACAAUCUGCUCCAUUUGGCAGAUGACGCAUAUAACUUUGGCCAUCUUGAUAACUUUUCGGCAUUUCCCUUUGAGAAUUUUAUGUCUAAAAUAAAGAACAUGGUUCGUGGUCAUAACAUGCCAUUAGAGCAGGUUGCUAAAAGAAUGGGUGAGAAUUGUAACUCUGAAAAAAAGAAUAUUACUAAAAGAAAACCUAUUAAAGAACAAAAUGGACAGAUAAGAAAAAUACAUUACAAUGAUUACGUUAUUGGUACCUCACAAAGAGAUUCCUGUUUUGUUACUUCAAAUGGUGAUAUUGUUAUUGUUAAAUCUAUUGUGGAAACUGAUGUAAGUUCCUAUACUUUGAGGUGCAACUGCUUUGUAAACAAAACUGAUUUUUACAAAGAACCCAUUCAUAGCAGCAAGUUGGGUAUAUAAUAUAUGGUCAGUAAUUGCGUACAAAGCGUGAAUCUUAGUCCUUCUGAUAUAAGUAGAAAAUGUUUACUACUGCCCAGUUUCAAUAAUGACGAACAAUUCAUCUGUUUCCCUUUCGUUAGCAUGGUGUUGCACCACUAACAAUACGGUUAGUGGUGCAACACCAUGCAGCAAGAGAUUGUAAUGCAUCAACAUUACAAUCUCUUGCUUACUUUCUGCUGUAUCAGUUUCUUCAUUUGUCUCCUGUCUGGCUAAAAAGGUAUUAUGCUAGGGUCACUUUCAUUGACCAGUUGCAAAUAAGAGAUAAUAUUUUGUUUAUGCCUGUCCUAUCUUCAGUGCCUUUAUAUCUCUAGGCGUCAGAGGAAAUUAUUCCUUUGGCCACUAUUUGUUUAGUAUGUCUACUUGGUUUAAUUGUAGUUUAUGACUUCGAAGUUUUUAUACUUAGGCAUAAUAAUUCAAAUAAAUUACUGUAACCAUUA